AUGAAGGUCCUUGAAACUUUUGUUUGUGCCAUAGCGCUGCUCCCCCUUGCAGUUGCAGACUGGCAAUUCAAGUCUCGCACAGACUUGGCGCCUCCCCGUCUGAACAUUACCAUCCCAGCAACCAACGACGUCGAGAAGGGAUACCUUUUCAUAGCUCCAUUCCCAGGUCAAUUUGUUGAUCCGGAACAUCAUGGCCCACGCCAGGAGGGACCGUAUAUCUUUCGUGAUGAUGGCGAACUUAUCUGGUCUGGCUAUACUUACUACUCCAUCUGGGCGGCCAACUUUCACAAGGGACAGUGGAAGGGCCAGGACGUGCUAUAUAGCUUCGAGGGUGAUCAUAACCCGGCAUACGGACACGGUCAUGGCCAUGCAACGAUUUUGAAUCAGCAUUAUGAGACUGUCCGGGAGUUGCGUGCUGGUAACCACAAGUUUAUGGACAAACAUGAGCUGCAGGUUAUUGACGGUCGCACUGCUUUGAUUCAGGUUUAUCAGCCUGUUCUGGCCGACUUGAGUCGGUGGGGUGGAAGUCCGGAGCAGCAGUGGAUUGUGGAUGCUAUUUUCCAGGAAUUGGAUAUCGCGACUGGUGAGCUGCUAUUCGAGUGGUCCAGCCUAGAGCAUGUCAGUCCGGAUGAGGCUGUCCUCCACUUGAAUCCAGGCCAGGCCGGUGCAGGAUGGAACUCGUCAGAUGCAUGGGACUACUUUCACAUCAACUCCGUCGACAAGGAUAAUGCUGGUGACUACCUGAUCUCCGCGCGUGAUGCCUGUGCCGUUCACAAGGUCAAUGGAACUACGGGAGAGAUCAUAUGGCGGCUGGGCGGUCUGAAUUCCGACUUCAGGCUUGGCCCCAACGUUGCAUUCUGCUUUCAGCAUCACGCACGCUUUGUAUCGCGAGAUGGUGACGAGGAAAUCAUCUCACUUUUUGAUAACUCUGCACAUGGAACCGAGAACCAUCGUGGCCAUGAGGUGCACACAAACUCUAUUUCCCAGGGGAAGAUCAUCUCUGUCAAUAUCGCUACUUGGACGGCGGAGGUUGUCCAGGCAUUUCAGCCUCCCGAUGACCUUCUUGCUAAGUCUCAAGGAAGCACCCACCUCCUACCGAACGGGAAUGCACUGGUGAACUGGGGCUCUGAGGGCGCAAUGACCGAAUUCAAGUCAGAUGGCACCCCUGUCUUCCACGCAUACAUGGAUUCGGACCUUCUUGGCGAAGGUGUUCAGAAUUAUCGUGCCUUUCGCUUCAAUUGGACCGGUCUUCCCACUGAAGAGCCCGCUAUCGUAGCGCACAAGAUCCCCUCCGGGACAGCGGUAUAUGUUUCUUGGAAUGGCGACACGGAGACUGUUUCUUGGCGCUUCUUUGGGGUGAGAGAUGAUUAUGGAUCGCAAUCAUUCCUAGGAGAAGUGCAGCGCACCGGAUUUGAGACUUUGCUCAUCUAUCCUGGUCAUACCUAUACGCAGGUGGGUGCUGAGGCAAUCUCUAGCCAAGGUCGCGUCCUGCGGGUCACGGCAGUGACUCGUGUUCAGUCUGAUCGAGUCCUUUCUAUUGACCCCGCUGGUACUGGAUUGAUUACGCAAGGCACGACUGCCGGAUCAGCUAGGAAGCAAAUUGUGUUCCAAGGGUGA